AUGGCGCCUCAGCUCGAGCCUUUCUUCAAACAGGUCGAUGAUCUGUCUGGUUCCUUCAUUGACCGCUUGCGCAAGGCCGUUGCAAUUCCUUCUAUCUCGGCACAGGAUGAGAACAGACCCGAUGUCUUUCGGAUGGCACAAUUUCUUGCUUCUGAGCUGGAAGCUCUAGGCGCUCAGGUGGAACAACGCCCUCUGGGCAAGCAGCCGGGCAAGGAACACCUCGAUCUCCCGCCUGUUGUCGUCGCUCGCUACGGCAAUGAUCCGAACAAGCGUACCAUCUUGGUCUACGGUCACUAUGAUGUUCAGCCUGCCCUGAAGGAAGAUGGCUGGGCUACCGAGCCCUUCGAGCUUUCCGUCGACAGCCAGGGAAGAAUGUUUGGUCGCGGUAGCACGGAUGAUAAGGGCCCCGUCCUGGGGUGGCUGAAUGUUAUCGAAGCCCACAAGAAGGCCGGUGUCGAGUUCCCCGUCAACCUCCUUUGCUGCUUCGAGGGCAUGGAAGAGUAUGGCUCCGAGGGAUUGGAGGAGUUCAUCCAAGCCGAGAGCAAGAAGUUCUUCAAGGAUGCGGAUGCCGUGUGUAUCUCCGAUAACUACUGGCUUGGGACAGAAAAGCCCUGUCUGACGUAUGGUCUGCGCGGUUGCAACUACUACUCCGUCAGCGUCUCCGGGCCCGCCCAGGAUCUUCACAGCGGUGUCUUCGGUGGUUCGGCCCACGAGCCCAUGACUGACCUUGUCCAUGUGCUGUCCAAGCUUGUUGACACCCAUGGUAACAUUCUGAUUCCCGGUCUCAUGGACCUCGUGGCGCCCUUGACCGAGGAGGAGAAGGCCUUGUACCCCAACAUCAGCUACACCAUGGACAACCUCCACGAAUCGCUGGGUAGCGAAACCGGCAUCCACCCGACCAAGGAAAGAACUCUCAUGGCCAGAUGGAGAUACCCCUCCUUGUCCAUUCAUGGUAUUGAGGGUGCUUACUCGGCCCCCGGUGCUAAGACCGUCAUCCCCGCCAAGGUUAUUGGCAAGUUCUCCAUCCGCACUGUGCCUAACAUGGAGAGCGAGGAUGUGAACCGACUCGUUUUCGAUCACAUCAAGGCCGAGUUUGCCAAGUUGAACAGCAAGAACAAGUUGGAUGUGUGGCUCCAGCAUGACGGCAAGUGGUGGGUGGCUAGCCCGAAGCACUGGAACUUUACGGCUGCCAGCAAAGCUGUGAAGCAAGUUUUCGGCGUUGAGCCUGACCUGACUCGUGAGGGUGGAAGUAUCCCUGUCACAUUGAGCUUCGAACAGGCUACGGGCAAGAAUGUUCUGCUCCUGCCAAUGGGCAGCUCCACUGACGCCGCCCACUCUAUCAACGAGAAGCUGGACCGGAGAAACUAUAUCGAAGGUAUCAAGCUCCUCGGCGCUUAUCUGCACUAUGUGGCGGAGGAGCCCAUGAACGCGUAA